AUGGACGCUGAGCAUGAAACAUUACUAUUUCAUACUGAAACAAGAUGGCUUUCGAAAGGAAAUAUGUUGGCACGUUUAUUUGAGCUUCGAGAGGAGUUGAAGGUUUUUUUAAUUGAUAAAGGUAUGAACUAUUUACAUGAGCAACUUUGUGAGCCAAAAAUUGAAAUGCAAAUUGCAUAUCUUUCGGAUAUAUUUUCCCACUUAAAUCACCUAAAUUUGCAACUGCAAGGUUCUGGUAAUGUUAAACUUGAAGGUUCCGCAAAUAUUUUCGUAUUUGAAGAUAAAGUUCGCGCUUUUGUCUGCAAGAUAAAUCUUUGGAUUGACAAAACUCAGGUGAAAAAUUAUUCUGUAUUUCCUACACUGCGAGUUCUUAUUGAUGACGAACACUACAAAUGUUUUACAGAAGAUAUUCAGCAUAAUGUAUUAGAACACUUAAGAGUCCUUAAAGAGGAAUUUACCAGAUACUUUCCAGAAUAUGGUGUAGUAGACACUGAUGUUGUUAAGAAGUUAAUUCGUAAUCCUUUCACUGUCGAAGUCAACAACGUUCAAGAAGAAAUGCAAGAAGAAUUAAUAGAUCUUCAGAACGACAGCAACUUGAAGAGUUCAUUUGAAUAUAGUACAAACUUAGAAGAGUUUUGGUGUAAAAAGGCCAUGGGAUAUCCAAACAUUCGGCAAACAGCAUUACGUUUCCUCAUGGUUUUUUCGACCACAUAUUUAUGUGAGCAAGGAUUUUCUUCACUAUUAUCUAUAAAAAAUAAACAACGAAAUCGUCUGAAUCCAAGUGAUGAUAUGCGACUGGCCCUAAGCAACAGCAUCGUUCCAAGAAUUUCACAACUGGUAAAAGAAGCGCGCCCUAAUAAGUCACAUUAA